AGAAGUCUGUCAAAGAAAUUGGCACUAGUUUUUUUAUAGGUUUUCUUUUUUUUUUAAUUUAAGUAAAAUGAUUAGAAUAAAUUCAAAAAUCUAUUUAAUAUUUUUAAUUAAAUUAAUAUCUUAUUCAAAUUUCGUGGUGUGUGAUGAAAUUCUGGGCUGUGGAGGAUUUAUUAAAAGCCAUGCCGACAUAGAUUUUUCAAAAGUUGAAAUAAAAUUGUUAACAAAACAAGGCAGCUUAAAAGACAAGACUGAUUGUUCUCCAUCAAAUGGGUAUUAUUUUCUUCCAGUUUACGACAAGGGAGAAUACUUGUUAGAAAUUUCCCCGCCACCUGGCUGGAGCUUUGAACCGGAGCGAGUUGUUCUAAACUUUGAUGGGAAAAACGAUAUAUGCAGCCAAGGAAAAGACGUUAAUUUUGUGUUUAAAGGCUUUGGAAUUACAGGAAAAGUAGCAAUUUAUGGACAAUCAAUCGGAGGCGCAAGGGAUGUAAAUGUUGAACUUCGAUCGGAAGAUGGAAGUGAUGUUCGAAAAACAAAAACUGACCUUAAUGGUGUAUUUUCAUUUACACCCAUAAUCCCCGGAAAAUAUAUCGUUAAGGCUUCCCAUAAUUCGUGGUACUUUUCAAAAUCUGAACAUACAGUAGUUGUAAAAAGCGGAAACACAGAGCUACCCGAAAACUCUUUGAUAGUCAGUGGAUUCAAUGUUCAAGGCCGUUUUGAUAAUAUAGGUCAAGCGAGCAAAAAUAUUAAAAUGGUUUUAACUGAACAAAAGACCGGAAAACAAAUUGAUAGAGUUGAGAUAGAAAAAAACGGUGAAUAUGCUUUCAAAAAUGUUAAACCGGGGUCAUAUAAAGUCGUGCCAUUUGUGACCGAUAAACAGUUAACAAUAACAUUUGCUCCGGAAAACUUAGAAUUUAAAGUUGAAAAAGACGAUUUGAUUUUGAAAAAAAGUUUUGAAAUUUCUGGAUUCCGAGUUUUCGGAAAAGUUUUAUAUUCUGCUAACGGUAAAGGGGUUCCUGCAGCUGCAAUUAAAUUGAAGGGUGAAACUAUUGCUAACACUGAUUCAAAUGGAAAUUUCGUGUUAAGCAAAAUACCAGAAGGAAACUACAAAUUAGAGAUCCAAGCUGAAAACUUAGAAUUUACUGAAAAAAUAUCUAAAAUAUCAAUUGAAAACCCCAAUUUAGGUGACUUUAUAGUUUCUAGUUUCAAGGUCUGUGGGGAAGUCAAAUCCGAUAAUUCCUAUGCAGUUGAAAUAAGUAAAUCAGACUCGACUUAUCGCACAACAACGGCUACAGAAAAUAAUAAAUGGUGUGCAUAUUUAGCUCCAGGAAAAUAUUCUGUUGAAGUUAUAACUUCUGAGGAAGAUAAGGCAAAUGGAAUAAAAUUUUUCCCUGUGGAACACAAAUUUGAAGUGAGCAAUGCGCCUUUAUUAUCUGGUAUAGUAUUUUCGCAAUUGAGAGCAACAUUGAUUGGAGAAAUAAAGUGUUUAAAAGAUAGUUCAGACACCUGUAGGAAUAUUGAAGUAACUUUGCAUGCGUUGGACCCCAUAGGAAAGCCUACAGGUCAAAUUGCAAAAGCCAUUAGCAAAGAAGGGAAAUACGAAUUUCUAAAAGUUCUACCUGGACCGUAUGAGGUUACUAUUCCUCAAACGAAUUUAUGUUUUGAAAGUAAUAAGGUUUUAGUUAAUAUAGCGUCUGCUAUGGAAACUGCACCCCAUUUUAUUCACAAAGGCUAUGAAAUCUCGAUUAUAUCUAGUCAUAAAGCUACUUUGAAAUAUAAAUGGAAGCCUCUGUCAGAAAAAGAAAAAUCUUUUGCAGACUCCAUUAAGAUUAUGUCUGGAGUAAACACGUUUUGCGUUCCUAGAUCUGGAGAAUAUAGUUUCACGUUAGAAGGAUGCCAUACCUAUCUCUCCGAUAUUCCGACCAGUUUUACAACAAAUGACAAAAAUCCAGUUGUAUUAACUGCUGUAGCACAUAAAAUAGGGAUAAGAGUGUUAUCACCAGAGUCAAACAUUGUUUCAUUAAAACUUCAAAUAGAAACGUCAACUGGAAAAGAAAUUGUAACACCUAUUUCAGAAUCCCACAAAGUUGAUGGUUACCAUUCUUAUCGCUACGAUAUGUUCUUGAAACCAGAAGAACAAAUUAUUAUUACACCACAAAGUAAUCUGAUGCUGUUUAAACCCGAAAUGAAGGAAAUUGUGGGUGGCAAUGACUGUAUAGAUGUGGCAUUUAAUUUUAUUGCUGUAAAAGGUUUAAUUAUUGAGGGAAAAAUUGAUCCACCGAUAUCGGAUGCCAAAAUUACUUUAAAUUUCCCGCAAAAUCCUGAAAUAUAUCCGCAAGAAACUAUUUCAUCUGCUAAAGGAACAUUUAAGUUUAACCCAAUUGAUGAAACAUUGGAAUAUGAAUUGAGAGCAGAAAAAGAAUCAUAUGUUUUUAAGGAAUAUAAUAAACAACUAAAUGUAUUUAAAGCGCAUAAGCUAUGUGAUGUUAUAGUAAGUGUUAAAGAUGACAGUGGAAAUAAGUUGAAUGGUGUUCUUUUAUCAUUAUCUGGAGCUGAAAGCUAUCGAAAGAAUAUGGUGACAAGUGACGACGGUACAAUUAAAUUUCACUCUUUGUCUCCAUCUCAAUAUUUUUUAAGACCUAUGAUGAAAGAAUAUAAGUUCGAACCUAAUUCAAAAAUGAUUGAUAUUAAGGAUGGUGAAACUGUUAGAGUUGAAUUGAUUGGUAAACGUGUUGCUUAUUCAGUAUUUGGAAUUGUAACAUCAUUAAACGGAGAGCCGUUCCCUAAUGUGCAUUUAGAGGCUAUAUCUGAUGAAAAAUGUAUGCACCAUCAAGAAGAGUCCUCAACAGAACAAAGUGGGCAAUACAGAAUUCGGGGUCUUCAACCUGGUUGUACAUAUACAAUUCGACCAAAAAUUGGAGAAGCUAACAAGAUUGUCGAAAGGUCUAUACCCGAGAGUCGGACAGUGAAAAUUGGAUCUUUUGAUUCUCAUGAUAUUAAUUUAAUUGCGAUUAGUCCAAUUAACUUUGUUGAUGUAACUGCCCGAAUAAUGGCUUCUUCUAAUGAUCUAUAUAAGUCUUUACGUAUUCAAUUAUAUCGAAAGGGAAAUGCCGAUAAUCCAAUUUAUUCACAAAAAGUAGAAAGUCCUAUAAACGUAAAAGCGCGAUUCAAUCCAGGUAUUAUGGUAUUUUUUCCAAGAAUUCCUUUGGAUGGAAAAACUUACUUUGUUGAGUUAAAAACUACUUUAUCAGAAAGAAUUUAUAAAUUUACCUUACCUUCAGAACAAUUUAUUGCAAACAAAAGUUCUAUUUACGUAGAAUUAAAUUUUGAACCUGAAAUACGUACUACAGAAGGUGAUUUAAAUCAAAAUUCAAUUUCAGCUUUGCUUUUAGUUGGCCUUGUAGCAAUUGCAUUUUUCAAACAAGACUUAGCUAUGGAUCUUUUAAAUUUUGUAUGGGUACGAAUAAAUAAUUUAGUACAAGACUUAUUGCAAAAAUCAAAUAAUAAAAAGAAGGAAACCAAAAGUACUGAUAAUACAAUAAAUUAUAAAGAAAUUGAACAAAUUGCUGAAGGUAUUAAUUCGAUUAAAAAGAAAAAAGUUAAAAAAAUUUAAGUUUAGAUUUUGCAUUUAGUAAAUUUUUUGUGGUUGAAGUUAAUUUAAUUAUUGUUUAAAAAUAAGUUGAAAGUAAAUAUUUUGUUGAGAUUUUUCAAUUACUAAAGUAGUCAUGCAAUUGUGUUUGUAAAAGUAAAUUACAAAAAAUAAGACAUUUUAAAUAUUCAAGAAAUAAUAAAUAUUAUAUAUUUAUUUAAAAUAUUUUGGGGUAUUGUUUAUUAUAUUUCAUUAAGAGUAAUUACGUGUAUGUGAAAUAAU